AUGCACCACCAACGAUCAGAAAGCCAUCAGGCAAGAGAGACAGAUCACUGCAAACCAUACCCAAGCUGUCAGACACGUGGGAAGAUCAAUCAUACGUUCAACGGCAUUAGUGUCUACGGGAACAAGUUGGAGUUCCGAUCGAAAGUAUUCAUGUUUGCGAACCGUGGGAGUGAUUAUGCUGGCGAAACCUUCCCCCCGGGCUCCGACCUCGGGGAGCUCGUCGUCCCUGCCAUCCUGGACGGCACGGGGCACCUUCGUCGCCCUUGGCCUAAAGUUGUCGUCCGUGGCCCCAGCCUGGACCCGCUGUCAGAAGACGAGGAAGCCCACUACGAGGCGAGCUUCCACUCUCUGCAAUAUCUUCCCGACGACGUACCCUCCUCGGUAGACUUCAACAUUGAAAAGAUCCCAGAAAUCACCUCUGAGCUAGAGCGCGAGGAUGAAGGGGGGAAAGAGGGAGCUCCGGUCAUUACAAAACUGACAAGAAGGCCAAGGGUUCUAGCAUGCCGACUCCAUCUUCGGACUCUGCCGCCAUCCUCCAGUGUCUCUCAGUGUCUCUCCCGCUCCCGGAAUGAGAGCUAUGCCCAUAUCGUCGAUGACAAGACCUCCCACAAAACAUACCGCAUUUACUCUGCCCUCCACGGAGUUUAUGGGACCACUGGGCCCCAGUACCUGCACUUGCAGGUCCGGGAUUUUAUCUCUUUCCUCCCCUCCGAGUCUGGUGAUCUCCUCGACCACAUGGAGACUCUUUGGCAGAAACAUGACCGUCUCAGUCAGCUCGAGAUGGACUGGGAGAAGAUGCUCGUCUUCCAACUCUUGUAUGCCCUGCCUACGCGCCACCAUGCCUGGUGCAAUCAACUCUGGGCCACCUCUGCAUCCCUUUCAUUCGACCAUCUCCAAAUCGCUAUCAGCGACAUGGAGCUUGCCCACCGCGACACUGCGUUGCCCACUGCGGGUGCCCUCAUUAGCCAGUCGGACUUGGCUAUCGACGAUUAA